GUCGACAUUAGUUUCAUAAAACGACACAGUUUUGUUCUUUCUCUGACUCUUUUAUGUUUUCUUAGCGCAAAUUGAUUCUUCGAUCCUCAGCAGCACUUUCGCCGGAGAAUUUGAUUGGAAAUCGGGAAAGAUUAACCUGUAAAUACUCUGUUACCGGUGAAGAUGAAGAUUGAUCUGAACAAGGUGGCUCGUAAGAUCGAGGUGGAUAAUCGUAUUCCUCUCCGUAAUUACUACCGCAUCGCCGAUAAUCUUCUCCGACAGGCCAGCAUAUAUCGCGAAGAGAAGAAUGUUGUGGAUUUGUAUAUCAUGCUUCUUAGAUAUUCGAGUUUAAUUUCCGAAACAAUUCCUUUCCAUCGAGAUUACCAGGCAUCGAUUCCACAAGAAAGACUUGGGAGUAGGAAGAGGUUGCGUGCUGUAAUCAAUGAGCUCGAGUCUCUGAAACCGGAAUUCGACCGGCUAGUGGAUGAGCUGAACAGAGCCGACGAUGAUUCCCAUCGGACUGGAAGUGAUUUCCCGGUCGUAUCAUAUAGUUCAGAUGCUGUUGAGUGGCCUCCUGUCCACAAAGCUUCAUACUCCAGAACUGAUAAUAAGAAGCCAGCCUUACCGACAAAUCGUACACAGAUUGAUCAGCAAUUCCAGAAGCUAUCUUUUGAUUUUCUGCCUCCAAACCAAGCAACCUUAUCCAGACAUACAUUUCUUGGUCCAAAUGGUCUUAAAAGUCAAUGGGUUGCACCCAAAUCAGAAAUAAAGGUUCAAUAUCCGACUAAUACCGAUUGGGGUUCUGCUGAAAAUUCAGGUUUGAUAGACGCUGGACAUAGCGGUUCCUCAACAGCACUUAAUGGUGAUUCUCAAGAGGUCUCAACGCUAAACUCUUUGCUCUCGUUAGAUGAUGGUCGAUGGCAGCGUCAUUCUGAGGCGGUAAAUUCCCAGUUUAUCAGUGACGCAACUGAAGACCCCUUUCAGUUUGUCGGUAUGAAGCAACCUUCCCCUCCUCCUGUGCUUGCCCAAGUGCAUCAAGAGUUAGCCCAAAUUUGCCCAUCUAAAGUAGCUGAUCCUAGACCAGGACCUGCAAUUCCUUCUUUAGAAGGAAAAGAUGGCAGCAAUGCUUAUCAGCAUUUGCAUGUGCCUGUGCGCAUAAUGGACGAUUUCUUAAGGCUAGCUCGGUCAAACACAGAAAGGAAUCUAGAAACUUGUGGAGUUCUUGCUGGCUCUCUGAAAAACAGGGUUUUUCAUAUCACUACUCUCAUAAUCCCAAAGCAGGAGUCUACUUCAGAUUCUUGCCAAACACUAAACGAAAGAAAUAUUCGAAGUUCAGGACAGACUCUCUCUAUUCCCCUUGGGUUGGAUUCAUACACAUCCUACACAAACUUGCUUCAUGUCAUCAGUUGAUCUUCACACACACUAUUCCUAUCAGAUAAUGCUACCGGAGGCAGUGGCAAUCGUGAUGGCUCCAACGGACGAAUCAACACCUCACGGAAUAUUCCAUCUCUCGGAUCCAUCGGGAGUAUCUGUGAUCCGUAACUGCCAGCAACGAGGCUUUCACCCUCACGAAGAAUCAGAAGAUGGUAACCCAAUCUACGAGCAUUGCUCACACGUCUUCCUCAAUGCCAAACUCAAAUACGAAGUCCUCGAUCUCCGCUAAAAACAGAAGAGAUUUUUAACUUUAAAAAAGACAUUACAAUACAAUACCUCAAGAGUGAGAGAGAUCAGAUAUUUCAGCCGUACAUAUGUGUAUACUUAUUAAAAUUAAAAAACUACUAUCUGGAUUCUUUAAACUUGGCUGAGCCUACUUGAGU